AUGUUGAUCGUACCUGCCAGGGCAAUGCGGGUGAAAUUAGCAGCAAUCCAACCGUACAGAUUCUACCGAUAUUUUGAACGGCCACCGUUUGCUCCCAUCUAUUAUCCUACUGCGGAAGAAUUUCUCGAUCCUCUGGCGUACGUGGCGAAAAUUCGCCCAGAAGCUGAACAGUAUGGUGUCGUCAAAAUCGUUCCACCAGAGAGUUUCAAACCACCUUUCGCCAUAAAUAGUGAGACAUUCGAGUUCACUCCCCGCAUUCAAAAACUCAACGAAGUUGAAGCCAUUGUAAGAGAAAGACAGGUGUUUCUUGAGAAGAUUACAACGUUCUGGCGUUUGCAAGGGUUUGAAUUCAAAAACCUGGUGAUAGAUGGCAAAAAUGUUGACCUCUUUAAGCUUUACAAGGUAGUCAAAAGUUUGGGUGGAGCUAGCACAGUAACAUCUAAAAAACAAUGGACUCAAGCUUCGCGAAAAGUGAAUGUACGAAGCAAUCACGGGACCUCCAAUCUCAAAGCUUAUUAUCUCAAGUUUAUGCAACCUUUUGUGUCCGUUUUAGAGAGUACACCCCCUGCUGAGGAAGAUCCUCAAAGUGAUACGGACACAAAAUGUCGUGAGGAAGAUUGUCAGCCAACUAUGCAGGGAAGAAGACGAGCAGCACGUCCAAAGGGAAGAAUGAUGGCAGGGCUUCCGCAACCUAAAAGGAGCAAAGUAACGACAUCUAAAAAAAAAGCUGAUCCAAUGGAAAGUGUUUUCUGUAGUGUAUGUGGUAGUGGUGAUGAUGAAGACCGUCUGUUGCUAUGCGAAGAUUGUGACAAGAGCAUUCAUACCCACUGUUGCGAUCCACCUUUGGCUGGAGUCCCAAAGGGUGAAUGGCGUUGUCCUAGUUGUGUCGCAAAAGAAGUUUCCAAGAUUGGUCUCAACUAUGGCUUCUAUGACGCUCACGUCAAGUAUAAUCUAUUCACAUUCGCCGAGUAUGCUAAUAAGUUCAAAACUGACUACUUCGGCGUUAAGGAACCUGAGGAUGUGCCAGAUGAUGCAGUAGAACGUGAAUUUUGGCGGAUAGUAUUCGACACGGAAGAAACGGUAUCGGUUAAGUAUGGUGCGGAUCUCAUAACUAGCAAGGUGGGUAGUGGAUUUCCUCGUAAAGGAGACGACCAUCGCGGUAUUGAUGCGAAACAGAAGCAUUUAUAUGCAAAUCAUGCUUGGAACUUGAAUAAUCUCCCAGUUCUGAAAGAAUCGGUCCUUUCACAUAUCGAAACAGGCAUAUCUGGUAGGGGAGAGCGAAAAAUUUGGUACGGAAUUGGUGGCGAGAAUGCCAGCAUGUUCGAAGAGACCGUACGUAAAUUAGCUCCUGGAGCGACGAUACAGAAAGAUAUUUUUCAUCACAUGACGACCGCUGUAAAUCCAGCUAUACUGAUUUCAAUGGGAGUAAAAAUAUGGACGGUUCAUCAAAAUGCUGGCGAAUUUGUGAUCACUUUCCCUCGGGCAUAUCAUGCGGGAUACAAUGAGGGUCUUAACUUUGCAGAAGCUGUGAACUUCGCUCCUAUUGAUUGGUUGAGCAAGGGACGUAAAUGCAUCGCUGAAUAUGCUGAUGUCCGCCGGUUUUGUGUAUUCUCUCACGAUGAGUUGGUGCUGAAAAUGGCUUCUUCUUGCGAAAAAUUAGGAAUUGCUAUGAGCUUAGCGACUUUGGAUGAAAUGCUGGAGAUUGCAAAGCGAGAGACUCAGCAUAGGACGCGUGUUGUCAAUCACGGAGUAUCACUGUCACAAAGAGAGAAUUUCGAGUCCAUUGCAGAUGAUGCUCGCGUUUGCAGGUAUUGUAACACCACCGUGUUCCUUUCCGCUUUAAUAUGUUCACAUGGAAAAACAGUAUGCCUCGAACACAUUGAUCAUCUGUGUAGUAAAUGCCCGCCUUCUGAAUGUACACUGAAAUAUCGUUACACUGUGGAAGAACUUGGCGAAAUCGUUCAUAAGCUGGAAGAACGUACUACUCUCUACUUUGAUUGGAAAGAGCAAGUGGACAGUUUGCUGAACGAUUCUCACAACAAACCAUCCUUGAGCGCUGUUGAGAGUCUUUUGGAAACAGCGCGACAUAAACGGUUCCCGCAUACAAGCCCGUUAGUCAAACUCCAGGACAUCAGCAAAGUCUGCCACGCUGCGGCGGAGAAGGCUCGAACACUCCUCAAUGGAAAAAUCAGAACAAGGGUCAAAACGAGGAUACAAAGAGCAGAUACUCGCUUGGAUUUGGGAGGCAUCCAUGACUUCAUUGAUGAAUUGAGAAAUCUUCCAUGUGACCAGCAGAAUCUCGUUCAUGAGCUUGAGGAGCUCAUCAAGAAGAUUGAAGCUUGGCAAACAGAAGCGAGUGACGCCAUCAAGAAAUGUACAGACGAUGACGCACUCCUGACGAGCACUAGUUUACGUGCACUCGCGGAGCAAGGGGAAGACUUUGAUGUUCGUUUGGAUGAAGUGGACCAACUUUGGCGGACUAUCGAAAUGCGGGAAUGGAAUGAUAACGCUAAAUACGUGUUGGAAUGGACCACAGCAGAAGGAAUUGAGGAAAGCGAUGACUUUUUGACGAUUAAACGGUGGAAGCCUGACGAAGUUUUGCGCUUGGUAUCUGAUGGAGCUCGGUUAUUCCCGAACGGCGGCCCUUCUUCACCAGUGAAUCGCCUGCACUCUCUACUUAAGGCAGCUCUGUUGGAUGAGUCAAAGGUUGAGCUGUUACUCGCAGACUCUACAGCAAACGAAAAAGACUUGGAAAAUGUUUGGAAGGAAAUUCGUGAAUCAGACUGGCUCGAUACCAAAAUCAUGAGCACAAUGCGAGAGGAAAUAGUGCGGCUGUAUGCUGUUCAACAGCGAGCACAACAGGAAGAGGUGUCUUUGAAUGAAACGAUGGACCUUAUAAAGGAAUGUGAAAGCUCGAAAUUCCUAACCAACUCAGGCUUAUACGACAGUUUGCUCGAUGUAAAGGAUAGCCUACUUAACUUUACCCAACGCCUCGUCAACUUGUUUCAAAAGCCGGCCUCCUAUUAUAAUCUUGUUGAGAUCAUUCGGGAUCGAGACGACCUCGCUGCUUUAGUGGAAGGACAGUCACUCCCUCGGUAUUUGAAUGAGGACUUAGCACCUGAAGAACAAUGGCUGCAGUUGAGUGAGUUUGGCAGCUCAACGGAGAUGAAGCAACAUCUGUGUUCAUUGAGAGCGCAAUCUCGAGCACUCAUAGGCUCACUGCAGCUGAUCAAUACGCAACGAAAUGUCGCUGACACAUGUGUUUGUGCAAGUCCUGGGAAUCCUGAUGCGGAUCUUCUAGUAUGCAUUCUUUGUCGUGCGAAGUACCACGGCACGUGCUGUGAAUGGGAUCCCUUUUUGGAUCGUCUUCCUGAAUGUACAUAUCUUUGUGUGAGGUGUCUGCGCGGGCGAAGACCAUGUAUCGAAGAUGUUCAAGCCGCGUGCAAUCUAGCUCCUCAGAACUCGCUAGAGUUCGCUCUGGUUCGAGAGAUGAUUUGCCGAGGACGUGAAUUGUCUUCUAAUGCGAAGUCCCUCCUAUCAAAUAUCAGCGACGAGGAUGAGUUGAGCAUAGAACUAGAAGAAAGAGCUCAAACAGCUGUGGAGUCUGUGCUAGCAUGCGAAGUUCUUGAUAUGGAUAUCUUGCCUAAAGUUGUUUCGAUUAUACAGAAAACUUGCUCGGAUAUCUUAGCACAACAAAAGAGAGCUUGGAUGGAGAUGCGAAAUCGACCUGCACGAUCAUCGCCAUUGCCUUCCCUUUUUGUUCGACAAAAACGCGGAAAGCGAAAUUCGGGAAAACAUUUGGCCAAGAAGGAACGGAAACGAUCACGUGUCGUAUACCAUCAGGACGACGAGCAGUGUUCUGCCGACACAUGUCUAAAACCCUACGGUGAAACUGUAGGAUGGAUUUUAUGCGAAGCUGGCUGCGCUCGUUGGUAUCAUUAUGUGUGCAUCGGUAUGACAGCCGAGAGUGCCAAAUCUUUGCCAUCGUACAUUUGUUACCGCUGUAGCGGUACUGUUCAACAAAUUGCACAACAUCCAGUGGCUGUGUAA